AUGUCUAACGUCUCUAACGAUCUCAUCUGGGAAUUGACCAAGGGUAACUCCAAGUACCUCGUUAAGUUCCAAGGUACUGUCUUCUCCAAGGACCCAUUGAACGUCACCCACAAGAACUCCAAGAACUCUUCUGGUUUGGCUAACGACAAAGCCGUUGGUGUCACUGAAGUUGACGGUAAGGUUGUUGUCAGCACCAAGGUUGCUAAGAACGCUAACAAGCCAUCUAAGGCCGUCCACGUUCAAAAGUUCAACGAAUACAAGGCUGCCAGAAAGUUGGCUCUUGCUGUUUCCAACACCACCAAGGGUUACAGAGAUGACUUGAGAGUUGUUGCCGUCAAGACCGCUUCCCAAUACUCCAGAGGUAAGACCGCUAGAAAGUCCUACCCAGUCAAGUCCAGAAAAUAA